AUGGCAAUCACCGAUAGUCCCUUUUCGAUGUCGACCAUGUUCAAUGCAUUACACCAAAUCCGUUUCUCAAAAGGAAUCUCCGGUGCCAUUCCUCCUCCGGGAUUCUCCCCACGCGCCUCCUCCUCCGCCGUGACAAACACGCGCCUAGACCAGCUGUUCAACAUAAUGACUAGCGGCGAAGGCGGCAUGGCACAGUUUAAAGAGAUGAUCUCAAAGUUCGACCGAACCGAGCUUCAGCUGCUCGUGUCGUUGCUGACGUCACACUCCGACUACUUCGUCGAGAUAGUCAGAAACAAGAGUGGGUCUAGACGAGUGCAGAAGCUCCUCGGAAUAUCAGAUGACGUGGACGCGUUCUUCUACGCCGCUAUCUUGCGCCGUUUCCUCAACAUCAUGAACGACAAGUACGCAUCUUACGUGGCGAUACGAGCUAUGGUCGUUUUCGACCAGGAGAAGAAAUAUGCAAUGUACGAGCAUAUUCUCCACCACGCGCUCGACAUAGCGUGUGACCAACACGGCUGCAUCGCGCUCAACGAGAUCAUAACCGACGCUGAUGAUUCUUUCUACAGAAAUCUGCUUUUAGACGUCGUCGCGCAAAACGCUCUCUUCCUAAGCAACGACGCUUCAGGGAACUUCGUGGUCCAACAUGUGCUUAAACUCUGUGACUUGCGUUGCACGCACAACGUCGCGGUUAGUCUUCGUGGCCAUUGCGUUGAUCUGUCGUUCAAGAGGUAUGGAAGCUACAUAGUAGAGAAGCUUCUGGAUGCGGAGGUGUCAAUGGCUAUGGUGGUAAUGGAGCUUUUGGAGUGCGAAGGAGACAGGUUGAUGAGGCUUGCGAGGAAUGAGUUUGGAAAUUUCGUGGUGGUCAAGGCACUGAAAGCCACGCAAAAGAUGUCUAGGGUUGAUCUUUUUGGAGGUUUGGUGCAUAAGCUCACGCCUUUUCUUCACCUCUUGCGUAGGUCUCACGGGAGCAACAUUGCCAACAUCUUGGAGCCGACCAUUUAA